CCAGCCACCACUCUGAGCCGGCCAGGGAAAAAAGGGCAGCCAGGAAGGCAUUAGUAAACAUAUGGGAAGUGCCUGCCAGUGGGUUUGGCGCUGAGGCUGGGCUGGCUGUGUAUACAGGGAAGGAUGAAGCGUCCUCUGACAAGCUGGUCAUGCAGAUCUUAUAGCAAGGAGUGAAUCACAAGUCAUGGAGGCGCCGGUGGUCCUGACUGAUGCAACGGCAAAAUGCUUCAUCCCAGACAUUGAGCCCCGGCCUAACCAAGAAGAGGAAGAGGAGGAGGGAUGGCAGCAGCGCUUGGCUCCCCUGAUGAGAAGAAAGUCAAUGGGGUCUUUGGAAAGGAGAGACCAGGAUUGGAGGAGGAAUAUUCUUGAUGGUGUUCAGGGAUCAACCAGAUCCAUCGAGGCUCCCAAACUUCCAGGAGAAAAGGAGAAUGAAGAAACCUUUGGGUCAGGAAGGAAGGAUACUCAGCUCUCUGAUGGCUGCAGGGCCACUGUGGGGACAUCUCUUGGCCAGAUGGGAACUUUUCCAACAGAUAUUUCCUUGAAGCUUAUCAUGGUACAACCAAAGAGUGGCGUUCCUGACCCCUGUCUACAAGAGGAGUUGAGGCGAAGACUCCGUCUCUUGGAAAAUGACAGCAGGGAGGUUUCAGCUGUGUUCAGCGAGCUAUCAGCCAGGCUGCUGUCCAUUCACAGUGACCAGGACCUUAUUGUAGUGACAUUUAAAACCUUUGAAGAAAUAUGGAAGUUUUUUACCUAUUACUGUCUAGGUUUCAUAAACCACUGCAUGGAAAACUUGUUGAUGGACCAAGACUUCUGGCUUCUCUCCAGCUACAAGAGCAAGGGGGACAGUACUGACUUCGAUGCUGGGAUUGAUGUCUUUAUUGAUGAAGAGGCUUUAGAGUUAAUGCACAAAAGCCUCUUAAUCCAGGAAGGGUCAUUCUUUGUAUUGUGUCCUGACAACCAAAUAAGAGAGAUCAUGGCUCCAAGAGGUGAAAGGAAGGCUGGCCAGCCCUGCCGGAUUGCAUCGCCAAGCUAUCUGAGGACACCGACGCAGACUGCCCAGACACUGUCUGAUAGCCUCCCCAUGUCAGCCGAAGGGGCCUCUGAGGAACUCUUGAUUCCAUUUCAUCAGUGGUCUCUUAAGGUGCAGUCUGAUCCUGUAGAUGUCUUUGUUGGUGAAUCCAAGAUCUGCAAUCAAACUGUUACAGACACCUGCUUUGCCAUAGUGGAUCACUGUAGCCCAGUACCAGAGGAAAUGAGUUUUGAGGAUGGGGAUCAGAUCGAGAUCCUAGGCAUCCUUGUUCCCUGCCUGGGAUGGUUUGUGGGGAGGCAUUCUGUGACCGGCCAGGUCGGCUUUGUGAAGACCAGUCAUAUUCAAACACAUACCCAAGCUUCCAGGUUAGCAAAUGCAAUCUUUCUGGAUGAGGAGGAAGGGUCAUUUUUCAUCAACAAAAAGAAUUUUUCAGAAGAUGAUGUGAUCCGGUUAUUAAGGAAAACAGCCACUUCUACUGUUUGUACAGCAUAUAGUAUGGACACAUUAGAAGAAAUUGAAUUUCAGAAAUCCCGAGAACAAGAAGUGCCUCAGCCUCCACUCGGUUCUGACCCAAGUCCAGUGACUGACAAGGUGAGAGUCAUCUUAGAGAGGUACAAGACCCUCCAGCCCUGCCCUCAUGAGCCAGAGAGCCGGGGAGGGGAUGAUGAUCAGCCAUCAGCCCCGGAGAGCCUGCCCAUGCCUGAGGAACCCCACUUUGGCCUCGAGAGGGAAGGAAGCGACAAUAGCCCAGAAAGAUUUCUCCUCUUGAUACUGUUCCUAAAUGAGGACGAAUACAAGCCGUGCUACAGGAGCCUGUAUGAUGUCUCUCUUCCAUGUCUGAACACCAUGUUUGGUGGAUAUACUGAGGAGGAAGAACUUGUCUGUUACUUUGGGCAGGCGAGGGUAGCUGCCAAGAAGGCCAACCUUCCCAUGGCCCUGACAAGACUGUGCUUUCUCCUUGGAAGGCUAUGUGUCAAAAAACUCAAGCUCUCCCAGGCUAGGGUUUAUUUUGAAGAAGCCUUGGGAGCCCUGAGAGGCAGCUUCAGUGACCUUUUCCUCGUGGUGGCUAUUUACACCAAUCUCACUGCCAUUUAUUUGAAACAGAAAAACAGAGAGAAAUGCACACAUGUGUUUGGCAAGGUAGCAGCUCUGCUCCUGGGAGUUCCCAGCUAUAUUUGCAGCACAGAGACAGAGGCCGAUCUCCUCAAGUUUGCUUUGAAGAUGAUCAUCUUGAGCCAGCAAAGCCAGCAGGCUGAAGCCAGAAUCUGUUUCCUUCUGGCCAAGCAUUAUAUUAGCUUCAAGCAGUCAGAAGAAGCCUUGCCCUUCCUGGAGAGGUUGCUGGUUUUGAAUGGCGAACUGGGUUUAUGGGACAGCUCAUGGUCCACAGAUUGUUACCUCCAUCUUGGGGAGAUCUACAGCAGAAAAUGUCUGCCCCACCUCACGCUGAGCUGUAUCAAAGUCGCCUCUUUCCAGAGCUCACGAACCUUCAUGAGCUCCUUGGAGAGUGUUGACUUGGUCGUUCAGAACACCCCCAAGCUUUAUGGUCUGAGGAAGGUGGACCAUGUGCUUCCAUCCCAAAUCGCGCACUACCUCAAGCAAGCGCUGUCUUCUGCUGUGACUUCCCAGGAGCAAAAGCUCUGUGGUUCCAUUUAUCGUAGUCUUUCAGAACUCUAUAGCUACCACAGGAAAUAUGAAGAGGCCAUUGAGUAUGGAUGGAAAGCCGUGGAAGUUGACUCAGCCAGCAUUGGCCAGGUCAUUAACAACUUAGUUUCUUUUGCUUGGUUACACAUUCUUCACAGGCAAAAUUCAGUAGCACUGGGGAUCUUAGAGGCCAUCAUAGAGUCCUCCAGAAGUAGCCCUCAGCAAUUCGGGAUUAUUUACAACAUGGCGGCCAUUGCCCUGAAAAGGAUGAACAGUACAAAGAGGGCAGCUGAGAGUUACUACAAAGCACUCCGUGUUUCCAAAGAGCUUGGCUCGGUGCAGAACCAGGCAGUUGUCUUGGCGAACUUUGGGGCUCUCUGUCUCCAUAUGAAUGCCAGUGGUCUGGCUGAACACUAUUUCAUUGAAGCAGUAAAACUCUUCUCCCAACUUCCAAGUACCGUGUGUGGCCGAGAAUUCGUCCAAGUUCUCCUCUGGCUGGGGCAGCAUUAUACCAGAGGAGCUCAACAGGAGAAAGGAAAGUGUUAUUAUGAGUGGGCAUUCCUGGUGGCCAUGGAAAUGAGUCAUUUUGAAAGCCAGCUCCAAGCAAUCCAGUUGCUGUGUCAUUUCUAUAGCACCAUCAUGCCAAAUGAGGCCCAGUGUGUCAUCUACAAUGAAUAUCAACUCUCCUUGGCCAGGAGGAUGUCAGACAAAGUUCUCGAAGGGCAGCUGCUGGAAACCAUCAGUCAGCUGUAUCUUUCUUUAGGUACAGAAAGAGCUUACAAGUCAGCCCUUGAAUAUACUAAGAGAAGUCUUGGAAUAUUUAUAGACCUUCAGAAGAAAGAAAAAGAGGCAUAUGCUUGGCUCCAGGCAGGAAAGAUCUAUUACAUUCUGAGACAGACUGAAUUAGUAGAUCUAUACAUUCAGGUAGCUCAAGAUGCUGCCCUCUACACUGGAGAUCCCAGCCUGGGCUUGGAAAUGUUUGAAGCUGCUGGAGACAUAUUCUUCAAUGGUUCUUGGGAGAGAGAAAAGGCAGUGUCUUUCUACAGGGACCGGGCUCUUCCUCUUGCUAUUAGGACUGGUAACAAGGAGACUGAACUCCGACUAUGCAACAAGUUGGUGGAAUUGCUGUACUUUCUCAAGUCCUACCAAGAGUGUCUAGAAUUUGCACAUACCUCCCUUGCCCUCAGCAUAAACUUAGGAAGCCGGUUAAACGAGCGCGUGGCCUUCCAUCGACUGGCUGUAGUCCACCACCGCCUGGGGCAGUCUGAGUUGGCUGAACACUUUUACCUCAAGGCACUAUCUCUGUGCUCAUCACCUCUGGAAUUUGAUGAAGAAACGUUGUAUUAUGUGAAGGUGUAUCUGAUCCUGGGGGACCUCAUAUUCUAUGACCUAAAGGACCCAUUUGAUGCUGCUGGCUAUUACCACCUUGCACUUGCAGCUGCUAUGGAUUUAGGUAACAAGAGGGCUCAGCUGAAAAUUUAUACCAGGUUGGCUACAAUCUACCAUAACUUUCUUGUGGACCGGGAGAAAUCUCUCUUUUUCUACCAGAAAGCAAGGACCUUUGCCACAGAGCUGAAUGUUCGGAGAAUCAACCUGGCCCCUAACCGCUAUUACAGGGGUGCAGCCUGGAUUGUGUCCAAAAGCCAUGCAUAAAAUCAUCUCCCUAUAUUAUGUGCUAUUAAAAAAAAACCCAACACAACAAAUCCACAUGUAUAAUAGACAUACAUUUGUUAAUAUAUGAGAAAUUCAGUGUCACAAAUUGAUGUCUCUCUGGUAACCAUAACUUAAAGGAUUAUUUUUUUUUUGCAUUAAAGCAUAUUCUUUGAGUAUUUAAA